AAGUUUAGCGUUCGUUACUCGUCUGAAUAUGAGCUCCGACCGUUUGUAGACGCCUGACCGCCUAUGAAUGGUCUCAAAAGCCUCGGACAUUUCCCAAUGAUGUCCACAUGGUGGCGCUCGCGCGACAGCUUGACACAAAGGUUUUGUUGACGGAAGUUCCUGCGGAAAAAUAGAAGCAACGAUGGUGCGGGUGAAGUCGAGGUAUUUGUUAUGUGAGAUAAAUGUAUCUGACAGGCGCGACUUGCUGAAGCUGGACGAUCGAGCUGUAUCGGGGACCGUGAAGGCAGCGGUGGCCCGCACUCACGGUGACUAUGGGGCAGCUCUUUGCAGCAUCCGAUUCUGCGUGAAAUAUCUGAAUGCCCACACUGGAAUUGUAUUUCUCCGUUUCCCGAAAGGCUGUUACAAACUCCUCUGGUCUGCUCUGCCAUUCAUUACAAGUAUUGAAUGUUGUGGACGAAUAAUCCCAUGUUUCUUCAACUGUUUGCACGUAGGAGGAACAAUCAGAACAUGUCAAAAGUUUUUGAUCCGAUACAACACCCGGCAGCUCCAUCGAAUGCUCCCUAAAUGUAAAAAUGAAGAGGAAAAAAGACAGAUUCAAAAAGCAAUUCUAAGCUGCUCUCUAACAGGUGGAGGUGACGAAGCAUUGGAGGAUGAGCUUGAGAGUGAAGAGGAGGAUGGAGAAUAAGGAACCAAGAAUCUCUCUUUUAUUUCAUUUUAUAGGAUUUCUCAGUGGCUACGUAAACAUGAAAGUUUGAUAAUUAUGGAGACCUAACAGCAGCAUGGCUAAUAUUCUACAAUUUCUCUUGAAAGUACAUCAGCAUAAAAAUAUCAGUUUCGUGGCAUGCUAAAAAUAAUAUUGUAAUCUAAUUUUAAGUUUGACAUUUGUAUGUAAUAAAGGUAUUUAUGUUUUGUCUAUGACAUUUUAUUCUUUAAAGAAGAGGUUUGUCAUAAUAUGUAAUUAUUUAUUUAAUAUAGAUUUAUUAUGCCUUUGUACACAUUCAGAUCUGGGGCAUGGCCGAUUUCUGUCUAGAACAGCACAAUGGCUGGACAUUCCGACUGUGUUUGCAUUUAGAUUAAUUUAAAAUAAUUGAUUUUAAUUGUCGAUAGAUGAAAGAAAAAACAAAUCAAAUCUGUGUGAAUACAUUUAAUUAUUGAGGAGAAACUACCAUGACUUUAAAAUUCUAUUCUAUUUUUUUUGUUGUUGUUUACACAAAAUCCCACAUACUGCUGUGAUUAUUGACACUAUAUCUGGUGAACCUUGCAUUGUUUUGAAUGAACACACAUACUGAAAUGGGCCACAAGGGAAGUUGUUUGUAGCAGUUCAAGUUGUUUGAACCUUUUUGUUAUUACACAGUAGAUUCUG